CGGACCGAACCGAACCGACCCCACCCCAACCAGUGCGCCUCGCGGUCGCGGCCUGACCUGAGCACUCCGCGGGAGGGAGGAGGACUCGGCACCGGCUGGCAGCCGCUGCCUCUACUGCUCUCGUCUCCGGCGACCGAUUCGCGCUCCACUCCCUAGCGGAAACAUGAUCGUCUGCGUCGCCGUUGUCGGCCACCAGAACAACCCGCUGUACCUGCAAAGCUUCACGGAGGCGGAUGACGCCCUCAAGCUCCACCACAUCGUCCACUGCUCCCUCGACGUCAUCGAUGAGCGAGUAAACAAUCCUAAAAGGAGCGCGCCUACAUUGAAUGAGACAUUUUUGGGUCUUCUAUACCCGACUGAAAACUACAAAGUGUAUGGCUAUUUGACAAACACGAAGGUCAAAUUUCUUAUGGUCACAACCGACCUUGAUGUCAAAGAUGCAGAUGCCAGAAAUUUUUUCAGGAAGUUCCAUGCCGCAUAUGUAGAUGCCAUCUCGAACCCCUUCCAUGUCCCAGGGAAGAAGAUCGCUUCAAGAAGCUUUGGCGCAAGAGUAAGCACCAUCGUGAAGUCCUUCGGUUCAGGAACAACCGGAUGAGUGCCACUUUCGUCAGACUUCCUGUAAUCAAACAUUGUGCUUUCCCCCGAUCGACUGAUCGGUGGUUUACUCCCCAUUGUGUACUGCUUAUAUGUUGACCAAGAUGCUAGUUUCAUGGUACUAAAGAAAGAAAGAUGGCUGUUCAUUCA